CUCCCGGCACCUCCCCGUGGGUUUGCGACGUUUAGCGACUGUGGCGCCUGCGCGCGCUGGGCCGGCGGGGCUGGGGCCGUGGCGGCUCGUGCCGGGUGAUGCUAGGCGUAUCCCUGGGCGCCAGGCUGUUGCGGGGCGUGGGUGGUAGGCGCGGGCAGUUCGGGGCGCGAGGUGUCAGCGAAGGUAGCGCAGCCAUGGCGGCAGGGGAGAGCAUGGCUCAGCGAAUGGUCUGGGUGGACCUGGAGAUGACAGGAUUGGACAUUGAGAAGGAUCAGAUUAUUGAGAUGGCUUGUCUGAUAACUGACUCUGACCUUAACAUUUUGGCUGAAGGUCCCAACCUGAUUAUCAAACAGCCGGAUGAGUUGCUGGACAGCAUGUCAGAUUGGUGCAAGGAGCAUCACGGGAAGAUAACCUUCUAUAGUAGUGGUUCAAGAAACUGAAGUUCCAGAGAGACCAGCCGAGGCCAUCCUUGCCUUCCACUCACCUGAUUCGGAAUACUCGUCCGCUUUUGUAUAUCGGUGACAAGGCUCGGAACUCGAUCUGAGAAACACAUAUGAACUCAGCCCCCCACCCCCCAUGUUUUUAUUAUGGAAAAAACAAAACAAAACAAAACAAAAAAAAUGCCAGAUGCACAGAGAGGUUGAGUUUGGUCAUUGUUAAUCUCUGCCGCCUUGGUGUCCCCUUAUAUUUUUCUUGCUGCUUUUGGACACUUGAAAACAAACUCCUCCCUAAAGUCCGUCUCAAGCAGCUCCGGAGAGUAAGGGCGUUUUCUUACAUGAUACACAUUAUUACUGCAUAGGAAAUGGUUAAUCCCAUUUAAGAAUAUGUGUGGGGCCCAGCCCACGUUUGGAGCACCCUAAAGUGUCUGUUUUUGAGCCCAAAGUUAGUCGCUGCUCAUAUAUAUUUUAUCCGGUUAUUUCGUCUCGGGUUAGUUAGUCUAAAGUCAUUCACCUACCUUUUUUUUUUUUUGCCCCUUCCCAUGACACUGACUUUCUAAAGAGACCAGAUCUAUUACAGUGGGAUUUUUAAAGGGUUGAUGUUGUCAGAGGGAAGGGGAUGUUCUAUGGGAUGUGCUCGCAUCUCUGUAUGGAAAUUAAUGUGGUAACUAACCUUUUACAAGGAAAAGUUUUGGCAUUACACACGAGAGCAUAUAUUGUAUGGGUUUUUUUUUUUUCCUCCUUAGCCAAUGCGGCUGAUGUCUAUUUUAAAGUUCUCACUUAAAAAACCCAGUGUUUCUAAUAUAAAUCACUGUAUGAAAGCAUGAAUGCAGAUGUGACUUGUCAAAAAAUAUUGGAAUGUAAAAUAAAGGUUUAUCUACUGUA